CGCGCGCCGCGUGAAAUUCCAAGGCGCGACCACGAUGUUGUAGCGGCCGACGGCAAUGGCAUCGCAAGCUACUGCCGGUGAUCAUGCUCCAGGGCAAGAGCUCAGAGAUUGCCUGAGGAGAUUUGACGCUGUUGCUACCAGCGACCCCGAUACUUCGGAGGCGCUCUUGCAGCUAGAGGGCUCUUUGCAAGCUGGGCUCGUAUUGGAGGAGCUCGGCCAUGCAUGCUCCGUGGAUGCCACUCACUGCAAAAGGCUACUGUCGUUCUUCCUUCCUCUAAACGAGAAGGAUGUAGCGCAGAUAAUUGGGCUGGUGUCGCGAACUCAUCUCGGAGUCGAGGACGUCCAUGGAGCUUAUGCCACUGUCUUCUCGGUGCUCUGCGACAGCCCCUCCUACGUAGGUGAUUCUCCGUGGUUGAGUACAUGGAAUCAGGAUGUUCUGAUCGAUACUUUGAAAGAGCUGGCUCCUGCCCUGGACUGGCGGCUAGUGAUAGAGAAUCUCGAUCAUGAAGGGUUUUUCGUUCCCGACCAACAGGCUCUGUCGGUUCUUAUGUCAUUCUUUACAAGGAACUCUCAGGAUACGUUCCCUAUACAAGCUGUUUGCGGGAGGAUUUGGAAAAAUACAGAAGGACAACUCUCAUUUUUACGGCAUGCAGCCGUUGCGCCACCUGAAAUUUUUACGUUCGCAAGCUCUCACAGAAAACAGGUAAUGCUUUUUUAUAUCCUGUUUUUAUUGAACUUCUUAUUUCUUUUCUUAUUUUUCUUGAAGAUGCUGCUGGAAGGUUACCAUAGGUUUGCGUUUGGUAGUCCAAACCAUGCUUGGCUAUCCAUGGAUUUACUUGAAACGCUGUGCCGGCUAGCAGAGUUAGGCCACGGGGAGGCCGUUCGAUCUCUGCUAGAAUACCCUGCGAAGCACUGUCCGGAGCUGCUUCUCACCGGAUUAGCCCAGCUGAAGACGGACUGGAACCUUGUUCAAAACGAAUAUUUUACGCCGUUGUUUUCUGCGUAUCUUGGCAUAAAUCAGCAUGCAAGUCUCGUAAUGCAUCAACUAUGGCUUUUAAGUAGGGAGCUAAUGAAAAAAGCCAUGGUCGAGAUCCACUCCAAAGAGCCAAGCGCAAUUGGUCGUAUCCUAGACGUUUGUCAGGAGUUAAAGGUUCUUUCGGAAGUGCUCGAUGGUACACCUUUUCAGUUCUCUAUUGAUCUCGCAGCGUUAGCAGGAAGAAGAGAGUUCCUGAACCUUGAGAAGUGGUUGCACGACAAUCUAGUAGUAUAUCAGGAACCCUUGUUUCAGGCCUGUUUGAGCUUUCUGAGGGAGAGAUUGUUAGUGGAAAGUUUUAAUGGACAGUCGGGAACUCCCCGGAGUGGACCGAUUGGACUUUCUAUGGAAACAACGGCAAUCUUUUUCAAGGUACUCCAAGCAUUUUCAGCCCAGUUAUCUUCGAGAGAACUUGUCGAAGAAAUGAGACGUGUGCACGCGGCUGCAAUUCGUGCAAAUCCACGUCUUCUUAGCGGUGCGGGUACUGAGCAGUCGUCGUCUGAAGCAUUUUCAAGUGAUGUUGAAGAGGAGGCAAACGUUUACUUUCAGAAGAUAUACAAAGGCCAGCUUACCAUCGAAAACGUUGUGGAGAUGUUAGAAAGGCUCAAUGGAUCUUCAGUACCAAGGGAGCACGAAGUAUUUUCAUGUAUGAUUCAUAGUCUGUUUGAUGAAUAUCGCUUCUUUCCAAGAUACCCGGAGCGAGAACUCAAAAUUACUGCUGUGCUAUUUGGUAAACUUAUAAGUCAUCAGCUGGUGUCAUCGAUCACCUUAGGCGUCGCCUUACGUUGCGUUUUAGACUCCUUGCGCAAAACUCCUGACUCGAAGAUGUUUUCAUUUGGCAUGACUGCACUGGAGCAAUUCAGAAGCCGGCUUGAAGAAUGGCCACAGUACUGCAAUCAUAUCUUGCAGAUAUCUCACAUGAGAGACGGCCAUAUGGAUCUUGUUGAUUAUAUUGAGCGGUCGCUGGCACGCGCAUCGUCCACGCAAACUGACGUCCUAGCAAAUCCUUCUAGUGAUCAACAGAACGCUCAAGUGCAGCCUGAGCUGGACGCUGCGCAGAACCUGAAUCCGCAGCAGCAGGAGGAGCGUAGUGCAGGUGGUACGCUGGUGGCGAACAAACCUCUUUCACAAUCCGUUUCCUCUACCGCUCAACUGUAUGAAAUACUGAAGGGGCAACAAAAGGCUAUGAAUGCUCAACAAUCUAGUUCGCACUUCUCGAAACCAGCGAGAACUAUGUCAGUUCCAGGCCGACAUGUAACUACUCCUGGAUUUGGACAUGCGUUGAACAUUGAGACACUGGUCGCAGCUGCCGAAAGGAGAGAUCCAAUUGAAAAUCCCAGCCUUGAGACGGAGGACAAGGUUGCCUUUAUUAUCAACAAUAUAUCUGUAGCGAAUUAUGAAGCGAAAGCAAAGGAGUGCUUAGAAGUUUUGAAAGACAAAUACUACCCCUGGUUCGCUCAAUAUAUGGUUAUGAAGAGGGCGAGCAUUGAACCAAACUUUCAUGAUAUUUACCUGAAGGUCCUCGAUAAAAUGAAUUCAAGAGCUUUGGAUCAGGAAAUUGUCAAUGCCACGUACCAGAAUUGCAAGGUGCUUUUGGGAUCGGAACUGAUCAAGUCAAGUUCGGAAGAGCGCUCGCUUUUAAAGAAUUUGGGCAGCUGGCUGGGAAAACUUACAAUUGGGCGGAAUAAAGUUCUGAAGGCCAAAGAAAUUGACCCGAAAACACUGAUUACGGAGGCAUAUGAGAGGGGGCUGAUGAUUGCUGUUAUACCAUUUACUUCCAAGAUUUUGGAACCAUGCCAAACAAGUCAAGUGUAUCAACCUCCUAAUCCCUGGACAAUGGGUAUUCUGGGCCUUCUAUCCGAAAUUUAUGCGCUUCCGAACUUAAAGAUGAACCUGAAAUUUGACAUUGAGGUUCUUUUCAAGCAUCUUGGUGUCGAAAUGAAGGACGUAAAGCAAACACAACUAGUAAAAGGCAGAAUGCGUGAAGUUGAAGGAAAUCCCGACUUCUCCAAUAAAGAACUUAUUGCUGCUACCCAUCCACCAGCUACCACGGAGCAUAGCAUAAUAUCUAACCUCAAUCAGGUGGAGUUUCUCCCGGAGCUGCCGGCACAUCCAGUUCCCCAUGCGACGGCUACUCAGCUACCUGUUCAUGUAUCUCCAAAUGCAUCCCAAGAUGAGGAAAAGGUCCUGCCUUUCGUUGGAGAACGUGUUAAAGCGCAUUCCACUGCCCCAUCUCCGUUUUCUUCAGGACAGGCUUCAACUCUUUCAAAUCUUAAUGUGUACGUGGUUCUUAAUAAUAGACUAGCAGGAAUAAGUCAGCAACACCAACAGCAAAUGCACAGAAUUAUUCCCUUGGCAAUGGAACGGGCUAUUAGGGAGAUUAUUGCGCCUGUGGUUGAUCGUAGUGUUACCAUCGCUUGCAUGACGACGAGGGAGCUAAUACAGAAGGAUUAUGCCCUUGAAGCGGACGACAAUAGAACGCUUCAUUCGUCAAAUCUAAUGGUUGCGAGUUUGGCGGGAAGUUUGGCUCAUGUGACGUGCAAGGAACCUCUUCGUGUUGCAAUGGCAAGUCAUAUUCGCAACGCUCUCCAGCCGAGUAUUAGCUCUGACGUAUUAGAGCAGACUGUGCACGUCGUGACGAACGACAAUCUUGAUUUAGGCUGUGCAGUUAUUGAAAAAGCCGCAACAGAGAAGGCUUUGCGAGAUCUUGAGGAUUCCAUGGCACCUAUUUUGAUAGCUAGAAGAACACAAAGGGAUGUUGUUCAUCAAGCAUACACUCAAGGGAAUCUUUCAAGGUUACCUGAGUCUCUUCGACCCAAAGCUGGUAGAUUGUCACCCGCUCAACAACGUGUUUUUGAGGAUUUCGCUCGUCUGCCAUGGCAAACACAAGCCUCAGCUGCAAGCACUCGCCCAAAUUAUCCGAACGUAUUUCCUUCUCAUACUUCUACCGCUAUUACGCAAGCGUCGGAUGUCAAUGCUGACGAAGUGGAUGUUCGCACCCAGUCGCCAACAAGUUUUCCUGACGGAGGAGCCCGACAUCAAGAAGUAUUGUCAAGUGAUGGAACUUCUGCUUUACUUCCAGAUGGAAGUGGCGCAGAGCUUCUAAAGCUCCACGUCCCCAACAUUUUGCCUGGACCAACUUUACCGACGGAACCACCCGGACCUGUAAGUCGGCCUGUGAAAGAUGAUGUUAAACCUAUUCCUCGCGACACUGAUCCGGUUGGACUUCGUGAUCAGAUUGCCCUCCUGUUCGAUGAAUGGGCUCGGGUGUGCAAUACCCCAGGCGCUAAUGAUAAAACAUAUGCAAAUUUUAUAUCUCAACUUACGCAAUCUGGUUUCCUCAAAGGCGAUGAUGUGACGGAUCAAUUUUUCAGAAUUCUUACUGAGCUAGCUGUGGCGCAUUCGCUUUCUGUGGAAUCCUCUCCUAUUGGCACUUUAAAUUUUGCGGCCGUUGAUUUGUACGCCAAACUUGUUGUGCUCCUUGUGAAGUUUUAUGCGGCGGAAUCAACAGCAAAUAAAGUCGGCCUUCUUAACAGAGUUUUGAACGUGACUGUGCGCGUGAUUCAAAAGGACGCUGACGAGAAGAAAACUUCGUUUCAGCCGCGUCCUUACUUCCGCUUGUUUCUAACAUGGCUCAUGGAUUUUAAUGCGCCAGACCCAUCAUUGGAUUCUAGCGUUUAUCAGAUUCUUCUUUCCUUCACCAAUGCCCUCACGAUGUUGCAACCCCUGAACACGCCGGGAUGGAGCUUUGUGUGGUUGGAGUUGAUUAGUCAUCGUACCUUUAUGCCGAAGCAACUUUUAGUUCAGCAACCGAAAGGCUGGCCGAAUUUUCAACGCCUCCUUGUAUCGCUUUUCAGAUUUAUGGACCCCUACUUGAGAAGUGCGGAACUCAGUGACCCGAUCAGGCUGCUGUACAAAGGCACUUUACGCGUGUUGCUUGUGCUCCUCCACGACUUCCCAGAGUUCCUCUGCGAUUAUCAUUUCAGCUUCUGCGACGUCAUUCCCCCGAGCUGUAUUCAAAUGCGUAAUCUCAUACUGAGCGCAUUCCCACGAAAUAUGCGACUGCCAGAUCCAUUUACUCCAAACUUGAAGGUCGAUUUGUUGCCGGAAAUAAGCCAUCCUCCUCGCAUACUGUCUGAUGUGGAAGCUGCCUUGAAAAGCAAGCAACUCAAGGGUGACGUUGACGAGUAUUUGAAGACGCGCCUGUCACCACCCUUGUUUCUUGUCGAUUUGAAGCAGCGGCUGCUAUUGUCACAGCACGAAUCCGGAUUGAGUGGAACGCGGUACAACGUCCCUCUGAUAAACUCGCUGGUGCUCUAUGUGGGAAUGCAGGCAAUCCAACAGCUACAGGCUAAGACCGCCCCUCAAAUCGGUGUCCCGACCGCGCCUAUCACGCACAGCGCUCCCAUGGACAUAUUCCAGAAGCUGAUUGUAGAGCUUGAUACCGAGGGCCGCUACUUGUUCCUCAACGCCAUCGCCAACCAGCUCCGCUAUCCAAACAACCAUACGCAUUACUUCUCGUGCGUGUUGCUCUACUUGUUCGCCGAAGCCAGCCAGGAGAUCAUCCAAGAGCAAAUCACGAGAGUUUUGCUGGAAAGGCUCAUCGUCAACCGUCCUCAUCCGUGGGGUCUGCUCAUCACUUUCAUCGAGCUAAUCAAGAAUCCCCGCUACAACUUUUGGAACCACGCAUUCGUGCGAUGCGCUCCGGAGAUCGACAGGCUGUUUGAAUCGGUCGCGAGAUCUUGCAUGGGACCACCGGCGAAGCCGACGGACGAGGAGAUCAACGCGAGCUUGAGCGCCGAGGCGAUCAAAGGCUAAACAAACACGCGUGAAGAAACCAAAAAGAAAAAAAGAGGAGGAAGAACAAAAACUAGGAAAAAAAGGAAAGAACGAUCGAAGAAAGGAGUGUAAGUAACUCGGCCUCGUUCUUUUUGGUUUUUUUUUUUGCUCUCCCCAUUUUCCCUUGUUUUUGUGUACAGCGCGAUGUAUCAUAGAAAUUUUUUUUUCCCCCUAUCAACAAAUUUUCCGUACGGUUCUCGUGUCA